AUGUCUGAAAGCGAAAUCAGUGAUUUCGAAGAGUAUUUCGAUCAGAUGUCAAAUGUCUCUGAAUAUGACUCCGAUCUAAGUAGUUUAGGAGAUGAAGGCUAUAAAUCUGAAAAUGAUGUGGCUUCCACAACUCUCUCUGUUCCUUCUGACAGUGGUUUCGAAAUGGAGAAUUUAGAUCGGAUGACGGGUGACUCUGAAUAUGAGUCCGAUCUAAGUAGUUUUGGAGAUGAAUACUAUGAAGAGGAAUCUGAAGAGGAAGUGGAUUCUGCAAGUCAAUAUUCCCUCUCCAGUUCUGAAGAUGAAGACUAUGAGCCUGAACAUGAUGUGGCCACUCCCUCCACCUCGGCUGCACAUUCUGACAGUAAUGACAAAAUGGAAGAUGAGAUCUACCGGGAAGUUUUUUCACCAGAAGUAGCUCAACGUUUUCCUUUUUGUGAGGUACCUGGCCCAAAACAUAUGCCACCUCCAAAUUCUCCUUAUAUCGCAUAUUUCUAUGUGUUUUUCACUAGUACUUUGCUGUCUCUUAUGGUGGAGGAAACCAAUCGAUAUGCGCAGCAAGUGUUAAAUGGCAUGGGAAAUAACGUACCAUCCUAUUUGAAGAACUGGACCAAAGUCUCUGUUCCAGAGGUGAAAGGGUUUUUGGAGUGUAUUUUAAAUGUGGGUCGCACAGAAUCAUCAGAUUACGCUAUAUACUGGUGCACUUCUCCCACCCAAUCCAAUUCGUGGUCUCGGGAAAUUAUAUCUGAACAGCGGUUUUGUCAAUUGCUAAGUUUCUUUCAUCUCGUCGAUGACAGUAAGUUGCCUGGCAGUGGAAAAUCCGGUCAUGAUCCGUUUGCCAAAUUCCAGCCUCUUUUGGAACAUGCAAACAGGGUCUUCGAACACCAUUACACACCUAAUCAGGAAAUAUCUGUUGACGAAAUCUAUCUGGGUUUCAAUUCUGGAUAA